AUGGGCGACAGCCUGUCGAGUGCGUGCUCUCUUGUGUACCAUCAGGUGACAAAGGAGUCUCCUCAGCCACCCGUAGCAGAAGCUCUUGCUCCUGCCGAAGAAGGAACUGCCAGCACCUCCACAGCGCCAGUUGAAGAUUCUUUUGCGUCUUCGUCCAGGGCUUCUGCUGCAUCGCAGCAACUACCUUCGGGAGUCACGCCGUCUCAGGAAAGUGGAUCAGCUGAGCAGGUAGGGCUUGCCGUAUGUUAUGGCAGCGCAAAGUAG